AUGUCAGGAGUUCAAGAUGACAAAGCCCCCGGGGGGGGCGGGCCCGGCAACGGUGAGGGUGAGGGGGAGGCCCCCGACCUUAAGGAGAUACUCGCCCAGCUCAAGGAGUCCCGCGAGUACGCCGCGAAGCUCGGAGAGAGGCUGACUGCCGUGGCGGACGAGCACGCCAGCUGGGUCGAGAUCGCCGCGGAGACCGCAGCUGCGACCGAGGCCCGCGAGGCCAUCGACGAAAAGGUCAAGACCGUCAAGGACGGCUUCGAUGCCUUGAGCGUCGCGGUCAUGCGCAACGAGGGGGCUCGCGCCGCGGUGGAGCGCAUCAAGCCCUCCUUCCUGGCUGUGGCAGGGCUGCACGCCACCGUGUCGACCCUCUGCCCAGAGGGCGACAUCACCAUCAGCGGCAGGGCCGCAGAGCAGUUCCGCCAAAACCUGGCACUCGCAGUGCGCACCAGCGGGGCGCUGGUGGCCACGGCGGAGCGGGCGGCGUCGCACUCCUGGCCUGCGGCCAACGCCUUCGGCGACGCGCUGGUGGCCAUGGCCGCGAUCGGCAAGGGCGACGCCGCCAUCGCGGACCCCGCGGGCUGGCUGUGCCUGCCCAAGGCGCUCAUCGACGAGUGCACCAAGAAGCAGCCCACUGCGGCGGCGCCGCGCGGCAAGCUUGACGGCGACGUGUACAACCCCAAGCGCGCCGGCGAGGAGCGGUCCGGCGACCGCCCGUUCAAGAGGCAGCAGCCCCGCGGCGGCGACCGCGGCGACCGCGGCGAGCGCGGCGAGCGCAAGUACGACAACUACCGCCGCUGA